UUUGUUUUGAUUUUGGUUUCGUGAAUUUUAGUGAUAAUUUGGUUCAUGUCGAAAUAUUUUCUUAGAAAAUAGUCAAAAUACUUUCAAUAUUUCACAUAAGUUUAGUCAAAGUAUGCGAAAAGUUACCCUUAAAAACGUCUAAGUGAAUCGAUCUGUGAUAAUGGACGAAUUGCCCAAAACCGAAAAUCAAUUCAACGUGCCUGAAAGGUAUGCCGAGAUGAACGAGUUUAUCAAAUUCGAAGACCCAAUCGACUUUUCACUGCUGGAAAGCGCCUUCGAAGAAAGUGCCAUUUAUACAGCUCACAUAGAGAACACUCCCGAACGUACCACGUAUGUGGCCAAGAUCGACGAACACGAUGAAAGCGCUGGAUAUAUACACCACACCAUCACUGAGGAUGAAAUCAAGAUGCAUUUUAGACCCGGUAAAAACGGCUCCAUUCCGAAGAAUCCGACUCACGCGACCAUCACAAUCGAAACCACUGAUCCUACGACAAAUAAACGCGAAAUCAAAAGAUACAAUUGUCAGUACGAUGGAUGCAGCAGAACGUACAGUACUGUUGGUAACUUGAGGACCCAUAUGAAAACACAUAAAGGCGAAUACCGUUUUAAAUGUUCAGAACCUCAAUGUGGUAAGGCUUUUUUGACAUCGUAUAGUUUGAAAAUACAUAUCAGAGUUCAUACAAAGGUAAAGCCUUUCGAAUGCACUCACGAUGGUUGCGAGAAAGCAUUUAGUACUUUAUACAGAUUACGAGCUCAUCAAAGAUUACACAGCGGAAAUACUUUCAAUUGUGGGCAUACCGGAUGUGGAAAGUAUUUUACGACUUUGAGCGAUCUUAAAAAACAUGUCAGAACUCAUACUCAAGAGAGGCCUUACAAAUGUGUCGAAGAAGGAUGUGGAAAAGCAUUUACAGCGAGUCAUCAUUUGAAAACUCAUAAAAGAACGCAUACCGGAGAGAAACCAUUUACGUGCUCGCAAAGCGAAUGCAAAAGAUCAUUUCCUACCAAGCAUAGUCUUUCUAAUCAUUCGAAAACGCAUCAGAGUAUCGAAGACGAUCCGUCAACCGAUGACGACGAUAAUACCCAAAUGGAUUUCGAAUCUGAUAGCGAAGAUUUCAAAGACUUGUUACCUGUAGCCAAAGAAGAAAUACAAACCGAACCAGUCGCACCAUGUCAACCUACCAAAGAAGAAGUAAUAUCGAUAGAAGCAAAAACAGACGACGAAAAAUUACAAGGCUACGUGGUAAUCCCUCUGACCGAAGAGAACAUACGAGCAGUAGCCAUGGAAAACGACUCGUCCUGCGAGAUCGAAGUAGACGCCUACCUCUCCGGUAGCGUUGUAAAAGCCUUAACUCAGAAAUCCAUUUCUUUCGACGGUAUCGACGUCGAGCACAGCCUCACCAACACCUUGAAUAACACCAACGUUGAAAUCCAAGCCGGCUGCGAAGACUUCAAAGUCCAAUGUCAAAAUAUAGGCAAAGGUCCGGACGGUAUAUUCCGCAUGUGCGUUUUAGAUAACGGAGAAGUCAUCAAUAGUCUGAAAAAUCACAUCGGUGAUUCUUCUUCUACUUCGUCUUCUUCUUCUUCGUUCGCUGUACCAGAAAUCAUGAAUAACGGAUACGAAGGCGUUUACGAAGAUAACAGCGAAACCAUCUUGAACAUAGCUUCGGAAUCUAUUCAAAGUACUCAGUUUUUAGAGAACGUUGCAGUUACUCAAGAUCCUUUCACCGUACAAGAAACCACAGUCAGUAAUUUCGAGAACAACACCGAGUGUUCUAAAAGUUUAACCGAUACCAUAGACGUUCUCAGUGAUCUGGGUUUUACUCGUAUUGCCGAAGACGACUCGCAACCCAGCGGCGAACUAACCGUGCCUAGCGAAUGGAUCGACAGUUUUGUACAAAACAAUGUACCUCCGGUUCCGAAUGACGCCUCGAGCAACGAAUUCUUCAUGCCUGACUUCGAAACUCUUCUAUGGAGCGAAGAAAACAACACGCUGGAAGCAAGUUACCUCGAAAAUAUCGAUAAAACCGAUACGAAAAACGAAUACGUCGAUAUCGACGAUCUCGCCUUUCUUUCGCGUACUGCUCAAAACCUAGAAAACGUUGCUAAGUCGAACGAAGAUAAAAAUUACUGCAACGAGUUAUCGGAUAAUUUACGAGACGUGUUACAGACUUGUUCGAAUAAAGAGGCCGAUAAUUGCACCAGUAACAAGAGAAAAUCGUGUAAUAAAAAUUGUUCUAAAAACGAAUCGGAUAAAUCGUCGUGUUGUGUUACUGUAUGUCUUAAUACGUUGAAACAACUCAGGAAAGUACUGGAGCAGAGAUGUUGUAUGACUGGAAAGACUAGCUUGAUGUGAGAUGUCCUUAUGAGGCAGUGGUUGAGAGCUGAGUGCAUUUAUACCGUGUUGCAUUAUGUGUAUUUAUUGUUAUCUUAUAGUUUACCUAUUUAUUUAUACCAAUUGUUUAUAGCUGAGGGUAAAUAUUUACCUGUAGUUUUAUUACUAUGAAGGGUAGGAAAUACGUUCGUGAUAUCCAAUAUUUUUGUUGUUAUUGUUAUUGUUUUCUCUCGUUAGUUUUCUUCUUCUUCUUGUAUUCAUUGUUAUACGUGUAUCGUUUACUAAGUAUAUGCAUUAAAAUGUGGUAUUUUCUAUUGAAAUCUCAAAUGAGUCUGCGUGAUAAUCACUUAUAUGUUUGUAUUUUUAAUAUUACGGUUUUCGUUCGUUUUCUUUUUUCUUUUCUUUUUCUUUUUUUUUCAUUCAUUAACUUCAUUAUUGUUUUUGUUAAUUGUGUUAUUUUAAAUAUUACAUUGAUGUGUUAUUA